AUGAACAAAGUUCCUCUAGCCCAAGUACACGUGGCACAGUUUGAGGAACAGAUUGAACAACUGCUCGACAACGAUUCAAAAUCGUUUCCGUUAAAAGAUAGAAAGGGAGAAACCGUUGCUCAGAUUGAUAUAUCUCUUUUUCUGUGCGAGACGCCUGAUGACUUCAUCUCGGACUUCAUGGAGAAGGUUGACCAUGAUGUCUCCAAUCUAAAAAGCAUUGAAGGGGGAAGCAAGCGGGUUUUUUCGGUACUUGGACCCGUGCUGCAGAGUAUGAAGGCCUUGAUGGAUAAUUUUGCUGAUGCACAUCCGUUACUCAAGACGGCGUGGAAAGUUGUCUCGAGUGUUUACGAUGCAAUGCAAGAAACUGAAAUCAAGGGCCAAGAAAUCCAAGAGCUGGCUGAAAAUUUACGCGAGAUGCUUGCUACUGCCAACGAGAAACUUGACCUGCCAAAGGUACCACACGCGGUUGACAUAAUCAAGGAAAUUGGACAGUAUUCCUUGCAGGUUGCCUCAAUCAUCCAUGAGUACACGAAAUUGUCUUUCGCCGGAAGGGCAGUGAAUUUGCAGGGUGUGAGUAUGCAAAAACGCAUUGAUGAAUGCCAAAGAAGACGUGUGGCUCUCAAUAAGAGGCUCUACGGACAUGUGAAAGAAGAGGAAAUUAUGGAAGAGGUCAAGAAAGAGGUAUUCAAGGUGAAAAACGAAAUCUUAGCGGGAAGUGGAAAGACAAUUUUGAUGUGCUCGGUCCUCGAUCAACUCCCGGAGCCCAAUUCAUCAACCGCAGUAGGCCGUUUCUUGUUUGAUGCACGCGACGGACAGACAGAAACCCAACUUCAUAUGAAAUUCAUACGAUCGCUGGCCUGUCAACUAUGCGACUCACGCCAUGGAGGAAUACCACAAGAGAUGGUUGACCUCCGCAACAAGUGUGGUGCCUUUCAACCAUUAGAUGAUCAACUUGAGGAGACUGUGUUACGAAUUCUGGCAGGAUUCGAUCGCGUGUUUAUAGCCAUUGACGCGCUGGACGAGUGCAUGGAUCGCCAAAGAACUCUUGAUUGGGUCCAGAAACUCCUCACCAAAGCCGAUACCCCAACCCACGUUCAUCUGAUAGUCACGAGUCGACGUGAGCCAGACAUCACCGACGUGUUUGACAAUCUCAAUGGGGACCGUAUUGAUGUCGUUAACCCUGCAAACCAAGAUAUUGGGCAAUACAUCAGCGAACACAUGAAAUCACCCAAACUUCCGCAAAUUGAUGAAGAAACCCGGACUGAAGUAGAAUAUAAAUUGCGGAAUCGUGCUAACGGAUCACCAAGAUUUCGAUACAUUGCGUUGAUGCUGGCCGAAUUGCAACAGUGCGCAAGCCUAGACGAUUUGAAGAAAGCAUUGUCCCAGUUGCCCAAUGGUCUGGAUGAAAUAUACGCACGAGUUCUGAGUAAAUGCAAGGAGGAAAACUCUUUCGAUCUUCGAAUUUUUCUUCAGUUCCUUGCAUUCUCCGUAAGUGACAUAGAAGUUGAUGAGCUCGCAGAGACAAUUACAAUCGAAACCUCGUCGGAUGGAUCCACAACUUUCAAUGCCGAAAAGCGGUAUCUCAAUCUUUCCGAUGUCCUUGAGCUAUGUGGGGGACUCGUUGUAGUGACCAGUGAUUUUCGGAAUCGCAGUGAGUUCUGCUUUCCUCAGAAAAAGAUUUCGUACAGGCUCAUGCAGAAUAUAAUCAGACAUCAUCAAGUUGUCUCAUUUUUCGGUGAAGGAGUAUCUUAUGUCCAGUCGAGUUCAAGACAAGUUCGCUUAGCCGAGGCCGCUUCCCACAUUGAGAUCUCAAAAACCUUGUUAUCAUAUCUUUUGGAAAUUCACGCGACUACAAACAAAUCUGUUUUCCCGCUCAAAAACUAUGCUGUCAAGACCUGGACCGAAUAUGUUCGAUACCAGGGUGUAGACGGGGACGUUGCCGUAUUCGAGAUAACAGCACGACUAUUAAGACUGGGAAUCCCUGCUCUAGUAAAUUCCCACAUUUAUGGUUUGGACCUUUUCGACCCUACAGAAAUGGUGCAAAGGAUUCCGCCAAGGCCAUUACAUUGGGCAUCGUUGCUGGGGCUUGUUGGAGUGGUUAAAUACCUCUUGGGGGACGUCAAUAACCUCAACCCAAAAAAAGAUACUGAUCAUCAGAAAGGGAUAUCAUCUUCCAGAAAUAGCGUUGAUGUGUCCGAGGUCUGUUUGAAACACUUCAUAGAUGUCAACGCCAUAGGCGGCAAGUAUGGGACUGCGCUCCAGGCGGCAUCAUAUCGUGGUCAUAAAUCAAUCGUUGAAUUACUCCUGCAGCACGGCGCGGAUGUUAAUGCUAUGGGUGGCAAGUAUGGCACUGCACUCCAGGUAGCAUCAUACAAGGGUCACGACUUCAUCGUUGAAGCACUCAUAGAGCACGGCGCGGAUGUUAAUGCUAUGGAUGGCCAGUACGGCACUGCACUCCAGGCAGCAUCAUAUAUGGGUCAUGAAUCGAUUGUUGAAGCACUCCUGCAGCACGGCGCGGAUGUCAAUGCUAUCGGUGGCCAACACGACACCGCACUCCAGGCGGCAUCAUUUGUGGGUGAUGACUUCAUCGUUAAAACACUCCUGCAGAACGGCGCGGAUGUCAACGCUAUAGGUGGCAAGUAUGGGACUGCGCUCCAGGUAGCAUCAUAUUGUGGUCAUAAAACAAUCGUUAAAACACUCCUGCAGAAUGGCGCGGAUGUCAAUGCUAUGGAUGGCCAGUACGGCACUGCGCUCCAGGUGGCAUCGUAUAGGGGAUAUUACUCAAUUGUUGAAGCACUACUGCAGCACAGCACGGAUGUCAAUGUUAUGGGUGGUCAAUAUGGAACUGCGCUCCAGGCGGCAUCAUAUUGUGGUCAUAAAUCAAUCGUUGAAUUACUCCUGCAGCACGGCGCGGAUGUUAAUGCUAUGGGUGGCAAGUAUGGCACUGCACUCCAGAUGGCAUCAUACAAGGGUCACGACUCCAUCGUUGAAGCACUCCUAGAGCACGGCGCGGAUGUCAACGUUAUGGAUGGCCAGUACGGCACUGCACUCCAGGCGGCAUCAUAUGGGGGUCAUGAAUCGAUUGUUGAAGCACUCUUGAAGCACGGCGCGGAUGUCAAUGCUACGGGUGGCCAGUACGGCACUGCACUCCAUGUAGCAUCAUGUAGGGCUUGGUAUCCAAUUGUUGAAGCACUCCUGCAGCACGGCGCGGAUGUCAAUGCUAUCGGUGGCCAGUACGGCACUGUACUCCAGGCGGCAUCAUAUGAGGGUGAUGACCUCAUCAUUACAGCACUCCUGCAACACGGCGCGGAUGUUAAUGCUAUGGAUGGCCAGUACGGUACUCCGCUCCAGGUGGUAUCAGAUAGGGGUCAUUGCUCAACUGCUGUAAUACUCCUGCAGCACGGCGCAGAUGUCAAUGUUAUCGGUGGCCAAUGCGGCACUGCACUCCAGGCGGCAUCAUAUGAGGGUAAUGAAUUCAUUGUUGCCCUGCUCCUGCAACACGGCGCGGAUGUUAAUGCUCUGGGUGGGCAGUACGGCACUGCACUCCAGGCAGCGUCAUACGGGGGUGAUACGUCAGUGGUUAGAGAUCUCCUCAAUGAAGGCGCCAAUAUUAAUGCUAUUGCUGGCAAAUACGGCACUGCGCUCGUGGCGGCAUCUUGUACAGGAAAUGAAUAUACGGUUUACUUUCUCCUGCUAUGUGGUGCCAAUGUCAAUGCUGUAGGUGGCGAGUACGGCGGUACCGCGCUCCAUGCGGCCUCUUACCAUGGCUAUUAUAGUAUUGUGGACCUCCUCUUGCAUCAUAAGGCUGAUGUGAAUGCCUCGGAUGGUGAUCAUAACGAUGCACUGCAGGCAGCAUGUUCUAGAGGUCAUGAUGACAUUGUUGAGUUGCUUUUGAACCACAACGCGAAAGUGGCCUCGCUGGAUUAUCUGGAUUGCCUUACAAAACCCACGGUACAGGAAAAACUUCGGAUCGCAUAUGUGGCACAAGAAGAAAAUGUACAUUGA